AUGCGGCUUAUAUGGGAUACAAAAAACAAAAGUGAUGACGAAUCAGUGUCAAGCUCUGUGCAAUCUACUGAUAGCUAUGGAAUAUUCGGUAGCGGGUGUUCCGACACGUCAGAUUGUGAAUGCGCUGAAGAUAGAAAACGAAUAGAAGGGUACAAGAGCCCGUUCUGUUCCCUGUCAACGAGCUACAACGGCUACCUCGGCUGUUGUGGCAAUAUGGACCGGUUGGAGAGGAUGCCUCUUCUCUCGGCCUCCAACGUAGCGUCCGCAUACAAAACAAUUGGCAGCUCUGACACUCUGGGCCCCGGCGAAAUCUCUGACAAAGAUAUCAUUGAAACAUGCAAACGUUUAGAGCAAAAGGAUAUACCGGCGAGGAAGAAGCAGAGCUCUUUAGUAACUAUUUUCUCAGUGUGGAACACGAUAAUGGGUUCUUCUCUGCUCACGAUGGCGUGGGGAGUAGAGCGCGCGGGUUUGCCGACGGCUCUGCUGCUGGUGGCCUUCAUGUCAGCGCUCUGCCUCUACACAGCGCAUUUGCUACUCAGGGUCAAUAAGCACCAUGGCAGUGACAAAUGCGAAGUGCCUGCCCUGUGCCGUAUGUUGCUGGGCCCCUGGGCAGAGGCCGUGGCGCACGUGUUCAGUAUGCUGGUGCUGCUGGGGGCCAACAUCGUGUACUGGCUGCUCAUAGCUAACUUUUUGUAUCACACCGUCAAUUAUGUCAUGGAUCUAUCAUCCCCGAACGCCACACACUACAGUAGUGCCAUCCUGUGUCCAAAGCACGAGGCGAUGCUGGAGACUUUGUCAGACCCGCAGACCGCUACUUCGCCUUAUUGGGGCCUGCACACCACCGUGCCGUUCUACGUCGCAAUCGUGGUCUUCCCGCUGCUUAACUUCGCUAACGUCACGUUCUUCACUAAAUUCAAUGCCCUGGGCACGGUGUCGGUGGGGUACCUGGUGGUGUUCGUGGUGAGCAAGGGCGCGGCGUGGGGCGCGCACGCGGCGGCGGCCGGCGGCGCGGGCGCGCACGCCGCCGCGCUCAGCGGCAUGCUGGCGCUCUCCUUCUACAUACACAACAUCAUCAUCACCAUCAUGACUAACAACCAAAAGCAGGAAAACAAUGGCAGGGAUUUGACGAUAGCCUUUCUACUCGUGACUAUUACGUACACGUUGGUCGGCGCCGUGUUCUACGUCUGUUUUCCACUCGACAAGUCGUGCAUUGAAGAUAAUAUACUGAAUAACUUUGAGAUGCACGACGUGAUGACAGCCGUCGCAAGAGCACUCCUACUAUUUCAAGUGAUAACGGUGUACCCGCUGGUUGCGUUCAUGCUGCGAUCUGAAGCGAUACUUCUGCUGCCGUUUCGUGAGACGCGCUGCCUCACUGUCUGCAUCAACGCUAUUAUUGUGGCACUCUGUAUUCUCGUUGCCUGCCUCUGUCCAAAUAUCGGGACUAUUAUUAGAUAUACCGGCGCAGUGAGUGGCUUGGUCCACGUCUUCGCGCUGCCGUCGAUGCUGCAAGUCCGCUCUCUGCAGCUGCGCGGGAAACUCACCUUCUGGAAGGCAACGCUUUACUUCUUGAUCGUCCUGUUCGGCGCUGUCAACCUCUUAAUGCAGUUCUUCAUCAGCGAGUAG